UAUAAAUAUAGAGGACAUUGCAGUGGACGAUAUUAGUAUUUGCAAUCAAUUCAAAGUGUUAGCUACGUAGAGACGGAUUUGCAAAAGUUGAAUAUUUUUUUAACUCACAUUUUUAUUAAGUAAAUAAAGUGAUUUGCGUAUAUGAGGCAUUAUGUAUCUGCAAGAGCAACAACAAUUAGAUAAUUAUGAAAAACAAUCAAUUACUACGGCAAUGGAUAUGGUAGUUAAGAAAUCCUCGGCUACAAUCGAAGCCAACGACGAAGUGACUAUGAGAUCACUGUACAGUUAUCCUGGAAUAAGUCAAAGGUCGAUCGAUAGAAUUGUAAUCGAGAAAAUGAAGCAUUUAAAAGCUAUUUGUAAUCAACAAGAGGAUUAUUACGUUCAUAAAAUGCUUAUCGAGAAUCCUGUAGUUAUUGAAAGACGUGUCAUGCCAAUCACUCUCUCGGACUCCGCGUCAUCGAAUCCUAGUAAGUAUCGUGCCGAAGCUUGUCGCCGUUCACGUCACAAUAAUAAAGUGAAAAAAGUGAAAAUGCAACUGCGGCAUAAAUACAUGGCGGGUCAACUGAUGAAAAGUCAAGCUAUGCUUAAAAGCUUAAAAGCUAUUGUCGCUCAACUUGAAAGUGAACUUAUUACACGGGGCUUUAAUCCGUACCAGUUGGAAAACUUAAGAAGCGUUUUCCGCGUAAACGAUAUCACGACAUCGGAUGAGACACGAUCAGAUAUUGAUAUUUAAUUUUUUUUUUUUUUUGCAAUUAACUUU